AUGACGAACGAAAGCUUAGCACGUUUUCUCCGGAAUCGAAGGAGAUUGCCUCGGAAACAGCGUCAGCAUGAAUCUUCCAGUAAAGCCAAUCGACAGCUGGCACGUGUUCACCGGAAUCAAAGGAGAUUGCCUCGGAAACAGCGUCAGCAUGAAUCUUCCAGUAAAGCCAAUCGACAGCUUGGAAUCGAAGGAGAUUACCUCGGAAACAGCGUCAGCAUGAAUCUUCCAGUAAAGCCAAUCGACAGCUGGUCAAGCGGAAUCCGUCACUGGUCGUCUUCUGGUGGAACCGACAUUCGAAUCUCUUCACGCAACACUUUCACUCGAACUCCGUCGCUGGUCGUCUUCUGGUGGAACCGACCUUCGAAUCUCUUCACCCAACACUUCCACUCGAAAUGGAAGGCCGUCGUCUUCUGGUGGCACUGA